AUGAUGACGAGAAUCGAACAUCCAAGUUGUGGGUAUAGGAAGUUGUUUGAAACAGUAGAGGAAACAGCUCAGCCAUUGCCAACCUGCAUAAGAGGCACCAUUCCUUCAUGGUUAACGGGCAGCCUGUUACGAUGUGGACCUGGGUUAUUUGAAGUUGGCUCAGAGCCGUUUUAUCAUCUAUUUGAUGGACAAGCUCUCCUUCACAAGUUUGAUUUCAAGAAUGGAGAAGUCACCUACUACCGGAGAUUUAUUCAAACUGAUGCCUAUGUGAGGGCAAUGACUGAGAAGCGAAUUGUGAUCACUGAAUUUGGUACUUUUGCUUACCCUGAUCCAUGCAAGAACAUCUUCUCCAGGUUUUUCUCCUAUUUUGAAGGAGUAGAAAUUACUGAUAAUGCGCUGGUAAAUGUUUAUCCAAUUGGAGAAGACUUCUAUGCCUGUACUGAAACAAACUACAUUACAAAAGUCAAUCCAGAGACACUGGAAACGAUACAAAAGGUUGAUCUUUGCAACUAUUGUACAAUCAAUGGUGCAACAGCCCACCCUCACAUUGAACGUGAUGGAACGGUCUACAACAUUGGCAAUUGCUUUGGGAAAAGGUUUGCAUUUGCCUACAACAUUAUUAAAAUACCUCCACUACAGUCAGAUAAGCAAGAUCCCUUGAGGAAAACAGAGGUGGUUGUGCAAUUUCCAUGCAGUGACAGGUUCAAGCCUUCCUAUGUACACAGUUUUGGUUUGUGUGAAAACUACAUUGUGUUUGUGGAACAACCUGUCAAAAUUAACCUGUGGAAAUUUCUCUCAUCAUGGAGUGUGCGAAGUGCUUCCUACAUGGACUGCUUUGAAUCAAAUGAUUCCAUGGGAACAUGGUUCCACGUUGCAAACAAGAAGACUGGUGAAUACCAUAAAUUCAAUUACAGGACUUCAGCAUUUAAUAUUUUCCAUCACAUUAAUACUUUUGAAGACAGUGGUUUUAUUAUUGUCGAUGUUUGCUCCUGGAAGGGGUUUGAGUUUAUAUACAAUUACUUGUGGCUUGCCAAUUUACGUGAAAACUGGGAAGAACUAAAACUGAAUGCAAAAAAGGCUCCUCAGCCGGAAGUUAGAAGAUAUGUUCUACCACUGGACAUAAACAAUGUAGAACAUGGAAAAAAUUUAAUCUCUCUCAACUCAACCACUGCCACCGCUACAGUUCGGCAAGAUGGGACAAUCUGGUUGGAACCAGAAGUACUUUUCUCAGGACCUCGGCAAGCCUUUGAAUUUCCUCAGAUUAACUAUAAGAAAUUCAAUGGAAAGGAUUAUACUUUUGCUUAUGGACUGGGACUGAACCAUUUUGUUCCAGAUAAGAUAUACAAGUUAAAUGUGAAAACCAAGGAACACUGGAUGUGGCAAGAACCAAACACAUAUCCAUCAGAACCCAUCUUUGUUCCCCAUCCAGAUGCACUGGAUGAAGAUGAUGGAGUGCUGCUGACAUCAGUAAUUAGCCCAGGUUCAGGGCAAAAUCCUGCCUUCCUUCUCAUUUUGGAUGCUAAGAAUCUCAGUGAGAUAGCAAGGGCAGAAGUGGAGAUCAAUAUCCCUGUUACCUUCCAUGGAAUGUAUAAACCUUGA